GCCCGCUGGCAGCGCAGCGCCCGGAGCCCGGCAGCGCUCAGCCCCGGCUGCGGGCGGGCGGCGGGGCUCGGCCCCGGCCCGGGGGGCACCGGGGCACCCCCAGCUGCCUCCGGCUCCGCGCCCACGCGUGCACCCGCACCCACGCGCGCCCUCCGGCUGCUCGUCGCCGGUCGACCGUCGCCGUCGUCGCUGCUCUUCUCCUCCAGCCGGGAGCCCGAGCCCAGCGCAGCGUUGGGGAUUAACUCCGCCGAAGCACGGGGCCGCGCGGGACGGGGGCACCCACGCAGAGCUCGCAGGGAGCUCCGCAGGGAGCACGGCAUUAAGCCAGGCGGGGCAUCGCAUAGCCGCUCCCUCGCAGAAGUCCCCAAGGAUUUUGUUUUUGAAGGCAUCGAUCGGGAGAUGCGGGCAGAAAUUGCUGCUGCUGCUGCUGCUGCUGCUGCUGGGGCCGGGAGCUGUGCACCUCCGGAGCGCACCGGGAGCGGCUGAACUUUGGUGCUGGGGAAGAUCCAUUUCUCCUCCGUAAACACUUUGGGGACGACCACAGCGCAUCACCGCACACCCAGCGCUGCAGCACCCGGUGCCGGAGAGACACUGGGGGGGUUCCUCUCUCUCCAAGGACGGAACACCUGUGUAAGGAGCUGGGGAAGGGCAAUUCGUCUUUCUUUUCCAGAUGACUGAAAAUACCGACAGGACCGUGGCUCUCUGCUUUCCAUCAGCAAGUGGCACUAGGGAGAGGCGGCUGAGGAAUGGAAAUGAUGUUGCUCCAAUUCAACCCAGCAUCUACUUUUUCCCAAGGGACUCCAUGCCCAUAGGGGUUUGCUGCAUGCCUGUCCAGCAGUGAGGAUGGCGGUACCACGGAUGCAUCCUGACCAGAUCAUGUAAGAAUUUGAUACCAAGAAACCCACCCCAGUGAGACUUUCUCUGACUGAAGUAUAUGGUUCGGUGUAAGCACAGCAAUUUUUGCCUGUUUUUCUCCCUUUUACAUCUCUUGGGCUUGGAGAUCUCUGUCCUCAUUGCAACUAUGCUCAUUUGCAACAUCAGUGCCAUCAAAGAUUGGAGCACUUUCCUCUCCCAGAUCCUCCCCAGCGUGAACAAGACACUGAACUUGGUGCAGCAAGUGGAGGCCACCACCAGCUCGGUGGUGAGCGUCCUGCAGGAGCCCGAGCAGGACAGCUACCUGGCCAACAGCCAGCCCAUGAACUCCAGCAACUUCACGGCUGGCCUAGACCACUUGUUUCAGUACUCUUACUCCGACAAUGACCAGCUGUACAAGGAGUACAAACCCCCUCCUCGCGAUGCCAUCCCUCUGCCCAAGGCUGUCCUCUACCUCCUCAUGGCAGCCCUGGUGGUGGUGGCAGUGGCGUACGCCAUCGUUGGGCACCUCAUCAAAGACCUCAUUCAUGACUUUAUAGAUUGGAUCUUCGGCCCCAACCCAGAUGACAACAGCAACAAAAGCGACGUCAACUGCAUCACCAACAGCGUGAAUGAGAUGAGCGAGAUGCCCGAGGUGCCGCGCCACCGUGACCGCCAGCCCCAGGACGUGGUCAUCGCCAUCGGCGAGACCUGCCACCUGCCACAGCAAACGUGAGCAGUGUGACAGGAUGGGCACGACAGGGAAGGACCAGGAGAAGUCUCCUUGUUCGCCUCUACCGCCGACAGAGGAUUGUCUGCUGCUGAGCAACCAGCACUGCAGGGAUGGGGGCAAAGGAAAGGGGCUGUGGGAUGGGCAGAGCCCUCCGGGCUCCAAAGACAUUGCCAGGGCCACGGGCUCGUCAGUCCUGCGGGUCCAUCGGCUUCCUUUUUUUUCCCCGUGAAUAGCAAAAAAGCAAAUGGAGAAAUACAGUGAGCAGAGGCGAGGUGGAGAA